AUGCAGGUGGGACACGGUCAGCGUCACUUGUUCAAACAGUAUUCACUCAAGACAAGGCGUUUUAUCGGAAACACAUCUAUGGAUCCACAACUGUCAUUCCUGAUGGCCAAUCAGGGACAGGUAUAUUAAUAUGUUUUAAGACAAAACAACCGCAUUUUUCGAUGGCUUGAAUUGUCCUCAACAGGAUCUGGUUGUCAUCAUAACGUGAAAGGGGCCUAAUUGUGGUAACUUCGCGCAUCGCUAGAAAAAUUCCGCUGCUGUAAACAAAUUUUUUUUUCCAAAUUCGGAAAUAAUCGCGCUCUGUUUGAAUCGUUUUAGCAAAAAGACUUAACAAAAAACAAAACCGCAAAUUAUUGCUCCAAUUUUUAGGGUAAAUGUUCUUCAAAGUUCGCGACAGCAAAGAAUGAAAUCUUCCCAUUUCGCUUUUAUUACUUUUGCACAAUGCCGUACUUUGUGUAUUUGUGGAUGAAAGUUCCUCUGCGAGCCAACGAGUAGCAACACUCUUUGUCGCUUCUUGCUGAUGAAACUGGGAUGAGCUUCACGAGAAUGGUGCUUCUGACACGUGAGCUCACUUAACCUUUCUUCACGUGUAUGGAGAAACAAGUUUUGAGGUUUUACGGUUUUAAAUUUAUUGUGUGUAAUAUUUACAGGUUCGUUCAGGCAGUCUUGUCUUUGAUCCCUUUGUUGGAACAGGUGAGCUUCCGCGCUGUUUUUUUAAUUGUUUAUUUAUUUAUUUUAACGUUUUUCGUUGUCGUUCGUGUUGAUUUGGCUGUGCCAUUUUACUUAAGCUUCCAGAUCAAAUUUGUACUUCUCCUUAUUGUCAACUAUACAAUUUUUAUGAUGUUAGUUCAGAGAAUUUAGCAUCGGAUCAACUAAUUAUCCCCAAAUUGAUAUUUUUCUUUAUUCUCAUCACUGAUCUAGUUGUUAUUGUAUUGAUAUUGUAAGGAGAAAUCCUGUCUUGGUCACUCAUCGAAGUUAAAGGGUUAAACAUCGCAUGUCUUAGAUUUCAUGCAUAAGACUUUACGUUAAGUCAACCACGAAAAAUAUCCUGUCCUGGUAUGGAUAGCUAGGUAAUGGUCUUAAAAAUUUAUGUGCAACUCGAUGCACAUAAGUUGUCAUUUUAACAAAGCUUUGUCUCUUAUAGGUAGUGUUCUUGUGGCCUGCGCUCAUUUUGGUGCCCAUGUGAUGGGAAGUGACAUAGAUUAUACACUGCUUCAUGGUAGAGGUACUCGAUCUGUUAUUUUUUCUCAAAAUCCCUUUUGACCAUAAGCAGAAAAGCUCGAGGGCUCCGUCCACGCUACUCCAGAGAUAUCUAAAAACACUUCUUUCCAAAGUGUUCUUCAAAACGGCUUCAAUUGAAAUUGUCAUCAUUGUAUCUUAGUGUGGUAUGAAAACAAAUCAGGCCUUUUUCGAGAGGGGGGGACGUGGGGGGGGAGGGGGACGUGGUAGUUUAGCCUUCCGCAUCAUAUACAGGGGGGCAUCCUUUAAAAUCUUUUCCAUGUAUUUUUUUCCUUCCCCCUAGGUAGAAGUUCACGAGCCGAAAGGAAAGGCCAGUGGAGAGGUACGAAAAAUCUUCCUUUUUAACCUCCAGAAAACUUAGGGUGUUAAUCCUACCACUCUCUGGUUUGAUGACAGAUCAUUCGACGAAUUCUCAUUGUAAUUUUGCGACACCGUAGAAACCUUCUGGUGGUGAGAAUUUGUAUACAAGUAUGUUCAUUUUUCCUCUGUUUCUUUAGGUCGCGAUGAGAAUUUUCGGGCAAACUUUGCACAAUAUGGACUCGACAGUUAUUUCGUUGAUAUACUUAUAGCCGACGCUGGGAGACUGGGACUGCGAGAAAUUCCUUUGUUUGAUGCAAUCAUAACAGACCGUGAGUAGAAACACAGAUUGCAUAUCAGUUAGCUUGGAAAGACUUAUUUUCAUGGUGAAUUUUUAACCUCCUUUUCUUCUCUUCCCUGGGAGAGAAAAUAAUCUUUGUUUUAAUGGUUUCAUUUGCUGUUUGACUGGUAGAGAAAUAUCACGCUCCCUUCUCAACCUUUCAGUUGAAAAUAAAACUAAACGCGACUAGCGUUCUACCGCGCAGCAGACCGUGAGUUUGCUUAUCCGUGAAGGCAACAAAUUUCUUGUGGUAACGUGUCUGUUUCGCUUGUCAGUGCUGUUUUAUAUCGUUCAUAAUUUUGUAUUUAUACUUCCUUUCUUUCUUUCAAUCGCUUCAGCACCUUAUGGAAUCCGAGAAGGAGCUCGUAAGUUAGACACAAAUAUGGAAAUUCAGGAGGAGAAUGAGAGUGUGUAAGUAGAAAUAUGUCUAAAAUGAAAUGAAUGGAAGGGAAAAAAGAGGAAAGAAAUUUAACACGAAGGAAAGAAAGAAGGAAGGAACCUUCUGCCAGAAACACACAAAUAGACAGCUUGUUAAUCAGUCGGUCAGUCAGUGUGCGAGUGAGUCAGUCCGACCGAGCUCAGACAGACAAACGUGCCAAUUUGGUGGCCAUAUCGGACAGUCAGACACAUUUCGUCAGCCAGUUGGUCAGUCAGUGAGUCAUUCAGUCUGUAUGUCUGUUUGUCUGUUUAUCUGUCAAUUAAUCGAUCGGUCAGUCAGUCAGUCAGUCGAAUGAACAUACAAAGAGAAAAAAGCAAGGCGACUUGUUUUAAUUUCAUAAGUUUUAUUAGUACAGAAAGCAACCAAGGUCUGUGUUCGUUUUCAGUGAUCAGACGUCGCCGUCUUCAGCGGUGCGUGGCUGUCGUCUGUCAGAGAUACUUACAGCAUUAUUAGACCUAGCCGCGCGACAUCUUGUUCUUCACGGCCGGCUGGUCUACUGGCUUCCAAUUUAUCGACCAAGGUAAAUACUGUUGUUUUCCUUUACUAUCAUUUUCGUUGAUUCUGCGACACAGGCCACUUGGAAAAUCCGAGUCGGCUUCCACGUGAACCUGCUGCGAUAGGUUACAGGUCGCUGAGCUACGAAUUAGCUGCGGCAGGAGGGGUCUUCUGUCUGAUAAGCUCCCUUAAGGUUUCCUUAGUGUGUCUUGCGCUAUGGUUGCGCUGGAACCCCGAAGCUUUAAAUUCUUUUGUAUCUAUAGCGUGACAAGGACACAUUGUUUUCUGUUCUUUUUACGUACACCUAGUUAUUCAGACGAGUUUCUUCCCAGUCACCCAUGCCUCAGACUUGUAGCGAACAGUGAGCAGGGUUUAUCUAGACAUGUUUCUCGGCGACUGAUCACCAUGGAAAAGAUCAAAGAGCAUGCGGUAAGAGGUCCUAGUAAAAUUCAUAGGAAGUAGUAUCUUUUUAUUUUUUCUAGGAAGGAUGUAUCUUUUCAUAUGUCAAAUUCACAUGUACAUGACCCGUCAUUAGACUGGUUUCCAUCUCAACAUCAGUAUGCUUAUUCUCCUUACUGUGUUUUCUAAAUUGCUUUUGUUUGAUAACCAAGAGCUCUGAAUGUGAUUUAGGGAUGAUAUCGUUGGGAGAAAUUGGAAGCCAGUCAGUCGUAGAAGUUGCAGCAUUAUCUAUUAGCAGUGUUGCUACUUCCUCUGAAUGUGAUGUCAAUCUAUCGCAGGUGUCACCCCCCCCACCCCACUACAUUUCGUGAGGUUUUCGGUGUUAAUGCUCUUGGGUGGAGAGAGACACCUUGCUGUAACGGUUGUUCGACUUGUGCCAAAUGCAUGAUUUAAAAACAAAAUUAAAAAGAGAAAAUAUUCACUGACAACUCACUUGCUUGACACACAAACUUCUGAAAAUUUAAGUUUGUUGAAGAAAAGUAACUAGAACAUAAGUACCCUUUAUUGCAGGUGGGAGGCCCAAAUAUGUCCGUGGUACAUCAAAAGUUCUUGGAAUCGUGCGAUAACUUUAGGGAUAAUUACUUCAGUCAGCAAAGCACGUAACCUUUGAAAUAAUGUACAUUAUGACAUCGAAGCACACCAUGCCUCGAUGUCAUGAUGUUCAUCAUUUCACGUGACGCACCGUUAUGUGAUCGUGUUCGGAAGAACUCCGAUGAUGGGAAGCCACUAGACGCAUUCUCGUCUUACGAACGGUUUCAUCUACUGGUGUUGAAAGUCGACUUCCAGAGGUUCGAUUCUUGUAUAUUGCAAGAUAUCUAUCCCGUCCUUUUAUCUGUUGCAAAUCUUAAAAAUUGAAAAAAAAAAAACUUCAGAUCAAGUUUCAUUCCAAGGAGUUCUCCAUGGAUACUGAUUACAGGGGAAAAUGAGCAAAUGCAUGCUGUGUUAAUGACAUCGAUCUUUUCAAUUUCCCAUCAGUCUCUUAUAAAAAAAAAUUGCAACGAAACUAACACCCCAAAAAGGCAAUAACAACAAAAAGCAACGACCAAACAACCGAAGAAAAGAACAAAAACAUUUUUUUAAAGAAAUCGCCCUGUACCUGUAAACCUCUAUAAUUACAAGCUUUGGAACAAUUCUUGUUCAAAGCUCUUACACCCUGACUGAUAACUUUUUUGUUCUGAGGUUGUCAAACUAAACGAUAAACGCGCGAUGAUGCUUCGAUUGGCUUGAAUGCUAUAUCGACUUCUAAAUCAACUUUUGGAGUCCACCCUGUACUUAAGAUCUGAUAAUUGAUUCUCUCUUCUUG